CUGCAUUUUAAUCAAAAAGGUGAACUUGUGCUUCAACACAUACUGUGAGGCCUUAUUCUGGGGAGUCGUGAGUGGUGAGGGUUUUGUUCAUUAUUCUUCUGACUCCCUUGGGUUAUGCUGCAGGUGUCCAGUCAGAGAGGUUUAUAUACCUCUGUCAUGGAAUGACCGUCCUGUACUGUGUCCGUCUGACUCCUCCCACUUGGGUGAAACACUGUAUAAAUGCAACACCGGCCCUGGCAACAGCACUGUCUGAGAAGUUUGUGACUCCAAAACAUGAAGGGAUUGGGCUUGUUUUUCCUUGUGCUGUUCCUCACGCUGUCUUCUGUUGAGGCUGAGGAUACGGAGAUGCAGUACUGGACGUGUGGAAACAGAGGACUCUGCAGACGGUUCUGCUACGCCCAAGAGUAUAUUGUUGGCCACCAUGGUUGUCCACGCAGAUACAGGUGCUGUGCAAUGCGGUUUUAGCAGUUACAGACAAGAUAAUACCACUGGAAGAACUUCACUGACUGAGGAUCGAUGCCUUGCUGAGUUAGGUUGAAUGGGCAGGGCUGUGUGGCUCUUUAAACAGUAGUUGAAGACCAUGGGGUGACCUUGAGAAAGGACCUAUUUAUUCAUGAAUCUUUUGAAGAUAAUGUGGUCAAACAAGCCUUUUAUUCUGGCUACACAUGACAAGUUCAAAACAAUUUGCUGCAUUCUGAAUGUCAGUAUCUGUAUGUGGUGGACAAGUUAAAAAGAACGCUUUAGUUACAAUACAUGGUUCAGGUAAAUUAUCAAAUGUUAAUUUCCAUCAGACAUAAAUGUUAUUUUGAUUAAUAAUUUAGUGCUUCAAGAGCUGAGGGCAUCAAUCGAAUGAUCAAAAGUGCAUAGAUUUUAACAACACAGUACCUUGAGUUGUUUUUAUAUACAUUUUUUAAGCUUUGGAAAUGAAUUAUAGAAGAUACAUUAAUAAUAAUACACUUACCAAUGUUAGUGUUUGCUAUUUAUAUGUAAUUUAUGGUGUUGUUUGUUUCAGUUAUUAAUAAACUCUUAUACAGAGAAUAAAUCAAGUGUCU